GUGGGAUUAACCUGUAGACACUACUCCACCUGAGCAGUUACAAGAAAUCAGAAGCCUCUAACUGGUGACAAUCCAUACAGUCUUAAGAAACAACAGACAGCGAUGAUGAAGCUUCUAGCCUCUCCCUUCCUUCUGUUGCUGCCACUGAUGCUCGUGUUGAUGGUCUCCAGCAGCCCCAAUCCAGGGGUCGCCAGAAGCCAUGGGGACCAACACCGGGCUCCUAGGAGGUGGCUCUUGGAAGAUGGCCAAGAAUGUGAAUGCAAAGAUUGGUUCCUGCAAGUCCCAAAGAGAAAAACCACAGCAGCGCUGGGGCCACCAAGGAAGCAGUGUCCCUGUGAUCAUGUCAAGGGCAGUGAGAAAAAAACCAGACACCGAAAGCACCACGGGAAGUCACAAAGACUCUCCAGAGCCUGCCAGCAAUUUCUCAAACAAUGUCAACUAGCAAGCUUUGUGCUGCCCUUGUAGUCCUGAGACUCUUGUAGUCCCAGUUAGACUCUCUCAGUGAAAAGGAGGUGACCGGCCCUAGAGUGCUUCUUCUUCUUCUCCCCACCCCCAUCCUCACCAGAGAAUCGCAGUGCUCUCAAAAGUCACCACCCAACAGAGUGUCUGUGACUGUGCCCUCUGGUGCCACCUGCACUUGCCACUCUUCUCUUACGCCUUCUGUUUACCCUAAAAGAACGCAGGAAACCCCGACCCCCUGUUGGUCUCACUUACCAUAAAUAUAAUAAGAAAACUAGCAAAGAAAAUCAUUAAAUACACAGUGCAUA